AUGGAAAAAAGAGGUGAAAGUGGAGGGAAGAGUUGUUGCUGGGUAGGGGUGAAGUAAAGGCAAAGAAUGGGCAGUGGUGGGUUUUUUAAUAGAGGCAUGAUUAGGCUAAGUAAGGAUGGGUCUAAGACAGGGUAGGUAGGGUAGGGUAGGGUAGGGUAGGGUAGGGUAGGGUAGGGUAGGGUAGGGUAGGGUAGGGUAGGGUAGGGUAGGGUAGGGUAGGGUAGGGUAGGGUAGGGUGGGGGUAGGGUAGGGUAGGGUAGGGUAGGGUAGUGUAGGGUAGGGUAAGGUAGGGUAGGUAAGGGUAGGGUAGGGUAGGGUAGGGUAGGGUAGGGUAGGAUAGGAUAGGAUAGGGUAGAAUAGGGUAGGGUAAAGCAGUGUAGGCAAGGGCGGGUGGCUAUUUUCCAAACUUCUACUGUAUCAAAACUACAGCACUAGUUUCUUAAUAAAUAAAAAAUGACAAAAAAGAUGUCAUUCUAAUUGACCUUUUAGUCAUGAAAUGAACCUCCCUUUUGUUUUUUGACUAUUUAAAUAUGUUUGACCUCACAGAUCAAAAAAAGAUAAUAAGUAGAGCAGCUGUCACAUUCGGAUAAAGCCUUUUUUCGACUUUGGGCGUUAAAAACUAGCCAUUUGGAUUUAUGGGUGUUAGUUUUAAAAAGUUUUUUUUUUCUGUAAAAUAUCAUUUUUUAAAUAUUUUUUAAAAAUUUUAAAAAAUUUUUGCGAAAUUUUUGUUUCAACUGCCCGUCUAUACCUCCAAAAGCUUACAAGUGUAUCUACUUAUUAGAGUUGUUUGUCUACUUUUUAAAAACAUAUAUAGCAAAAAGAAGGGGGUUCCGGUUGUUUGCAAACAUUUCUGGAUAUAUAUACCGACAUCUAGGUAUUAGAGAUCCUUUUUAUGCUUUUGGUCAUAUUUAUUUAUGACAUAAAUUUUAUGUUUAGGUAUUUUGUAAUACUUACAAGCACUGUCAAGCAAUUAUUCUUUGCUUUUAAAGGAGGUGGGGUGGGGGGGGGGUGCUUUGGCUAGAGCGAGAGGCUAACUAAGAACAGAGGUGGGACCAGGGUAGAGUGGCCUAAGAGCUAAAGUUAAGGCUAAAGCUAAGGCUAAAGCUAAGGCUAAAGCUAAGGCUAAAGCUAAGGCUAAGGCUAAAGCUAAGGCUAAAGCUAAGGCUAAAGCUAAGGCUAAAGCUAAGGCUAAAGCUAAGGCUAAAGCUAAGGCUAAAGCUAAGGCUAAAGCUAAGGCUAAAGCUAAGGCUAAAGCUAAGGCUAAAGCUAAGGCUAAGGCUAAACCCAAGGCUAAGGCUAAAGCUAAGGCUAAUAAAGCUAAGCAGACGGCGAAGCCUAAUGUGUCAGCCAAGAGCUAA